AUGAUCGCAACACAUCAAGAGAGGGAUGCCAAAAUGAAUUUUGUUAUCUGGCUCCUCAAAAAUGUUCUACCCGCUGAAACAUGGGAAUCCUCCCGGAAAGCGUUCGCCAUUCUGCUGAUAAUUUGGCUCACCCUCUCGCUUAUUUCACGCAUGGACACCCAAGUACUCCACUCAGCACACUGGUCUUUUGACUCGCACUUUUUGCGAAUUACGAAAAGUGCGUCCACGUGUCACUUAGAGGAGACUCAGCGCAUUGUUCAAAAUGACCGCAAAACAUCACGAGAGGGAUGCCGAAAAAAAAUGUGUUAUCUGGCUCCUGAAACAUGCUCAAUUCUUACGCCACCGCAUACAGAGUGCAGUCUGCCAUCGAUGAACCGGAAUAAAUGUAGACAACAUGACAGUAUGUCGAACGUAAGACGCACUAUGCAAUGCGCCGCAUGCAAGGCGGGUUCACUGGAUGUUGAUGUACGCCAACUAGCUUACUCUCUUAAACCGUUUGCCUGCUCCAGCAGACACUACAAUGAAGGUGCAAUGCACACUGCAAAUAAAAAGGCCACCAAACCCACUGCUGAAUCAAGAGGACCAGUAUGA